UUUCGAAAUGACGUCGUAUUAAAAAUACUUGCGUGUAAACCGCAUAUUAAACAAUAUAAACUAUGUGCUGAAUACUUGUACCAGUUUAUGCGCAUCGUGUUAAAUACUACUACAUGCACUUGGAAUAACCGCUUAAACACGCUACAUUUCGAUUUUCGAACUCUUGAAUGGGGAACAGGAAUUCGCAGUCGCUGGCAUUCCACCAAUUUGCAUUCCUCGGUAGCUCGAUCCAUUGCGCGAUGCUAGCCAGACGAAAAUCCCUAGGAACGCAUGAUUUAAGGGAAUUCGAGGCAGUGAUCUACGCAUUAGUCGCAUUCGCUUUGUGAAGAACUGUUAAGCGUCCUACAACCGAUGUGGCGGUGUGCACUGCGUACGUAUACUGUUUUCCACUGACGGCAGUUUUGACGUCAAUUUGCUCCGUACAUGUUAACACACACCAGGAUGAAUAUUAGCAACCGCAAAUCCAGUGGACCGUUCCGGUUUUUGGUGGAACCUGUUAUCCUAGGCACCGUUAUCCUGCUAGCUGUGAUGAUAUUAACACCGCUAAAGGUGGAUGCAAUUCGCUGUGAUUAUUAUAAGGACCCCGAGUGCAGGAAUAAUCCUUUUGAUGUUCAUAACAAGAACUGCACAAGUCAGGAAGUAAACUGCUCUCCUGAAGAACCCUUCUGUCAUGCAUCGUUCGCUGUUUUAUUAUUGAACGGAAUAAACCGAACGGUGCUAGCAACCAAAGGUUGUUGGUCACCACAGGACAGCGCUCCCUGUAAAUCUGGCAUGCAGUCUUACUGCACCAAUACCAAACCACCGGUGCCGAAUCCAGCGAAGCCAGAACUUGGGCCCACUUACUUCUGUUGCUGUGAUGGCCCACUGUGCAACCAGCGACUGGAAAUCAAUAAAGCCUUUGGAGAAGCGGAUUCUAUUUUGCCUUACAUUACCAUGAAACAGUAUAAACAGUAUUUGCUGGACGGGCCUAAACAGAUUGUUGCUGCCGAAUCGACAGGAACGAUUACAUCCGAUCAGAACACGGCAUCGGUGCCUUCACUUCCUUCGCCAAUAAUGCAGCCCGUAAGAAAUGCGGCUAUCCAUUCUGCGCCAGCGUUUCCGUUUGUUGGCGCAGCAGGCGGCCCGAGUUUACCGCCCAUGUCGUUUUCGCGGCCGGCGCCCAUUCCUGUGUAUCGCGAGGACAAAGAAGCUGAGGCUAGAGCACGCAACAGCCAAUCGCGGAACGGCACAAAACCCGUCGCGCAACUGCAGCUCUCGGGUGGCCUUGAAGCGAAACCAAGCGAAAUUGCGAACCAAAAGGAUAUAAGUGGGCAGCACAGCAACUUUUGGCUUCUAGUGUCUGGCACGGCCGCGGCGGUAAUAUUUUUUGCUUUUGCUCUGACAGUGACAAUCGCUGCAAUUCUUGAUUGCUAACGAAGACGCUCGUUAACUUAUUGUAUUUUUGUACAUUUGUUUGCAUCUUUGUCGUCAUUCCUGACUAAUUUCAUCGUAAAUUUUCAUUGUGAAACACGUUUUAGGAACAAAAGUGUGACAUGCUUGCCGGCUAGACUCAUUUAUCCAACAUUUGCGUCGCGAACGAUUCUUCGUACAUACAUCGUCAAGCAAUUUAAUGUUA